CCUUGUACUAUCUCGACGGCUAAUUAGGUUCGGGAACAACCUGCACUCCAACGGCAAUCGAGUACGCCAAAUUACUGCUGGCCAUGUCCCAGCAAGGUAGCAUUAGCCUCAAGAGAAACCACUUCAACCCCCUCGGUACGGGCGACGGCGCUAGCGCUUACGAUAACAUCAAAGACACGGCGGAAGGAAAGCAGGCAAAAUUAUCAAGCUAUUGCUGCAGCGUGGGUUGUGCGCCGGGAGGUCAUAUCUGUCUGACGAGCAGCAUGCUGAAGUCACUGUACACCUACGCUACCCAGUUCUGGUCGACAAACUCCAAACCUCUGCAGGUGAGCUCGCUGGCAGGAUCCUGCCACUCUACUACAUCUCACCACUACGAAGGAAAUACCUGGGAUGUCGCCUGCACGUCUCCGCUCAACCACUGCUCGGCACUGAUAAGGCACUGCAUGUCUGAAAACCCUGUUGAGAUCUGUUACCCUGGAGGCCCAUGCCGCGGUCACGCCACCUGGGUUCACUGUGUACAUCCCUAAAACUACGGCCUAUAGAUCUAUACGAAUUCACCCCCGCGGGGCAUAAAUGGAGCACUCGAAAACAGUUUUAGAGCUUCACCCACUGAUCGUCGGUGUAAAGUGCUUCGAUAUAACGGCAAUACUAACGGCAAUAGGGAUAAUCAUUCAUUUUAUUUCUUGGGAUAAUCACUUGUUUGUUAAAUCGUGAUACUAUAGAUUGUGUAAGAGUUUUGACCGGAAGGCAAAGAGUUUAAAAUGAAAUUGCAUUGCAUUCGUAUGAUUUAAAUAAAAUUAAAAUUAGCUUCACGCAAAUUA